AUGGAAGUUGUAGGAUACGUCGCGUUGACCGUAUUUGCCUUAUACUUCUUUUGUAUUCUCUGGCUAUUCCACUUAAUCCUGAGCAACAUUUCAAAGCAAGCCUUUGCCAAAUCUUGGGGCCAACUCACGCUAUUCGCUUCGUUGACGACACUUUCUUUCGCGCAUACGUGGUAUUACAUGUUUAAGUUCAUGCAAUGGAGUUUUGUGAACUACGAAGAGUCCAUCUACCCAAACACGAGCGCUCCCCUUAUCGAACGAAUGGCGCAGUGGCUGGUCAAUACGCAGUUGUUUAAGCAGGCUUGGUACGCCGUCUGUGACGGACCUUUGAAUUGGUGGUGGAGCGAGCAGCUAUGCCUAUUCACCGUGGGUUGCUGGACGGUGAUCCUUGCGUCCGAAGGUACAUACCACCGCGUCGAACACGUGUGGGCGUACAUGCUCCUCGGACAAUUGGUAGCUAUAUCUGUAGCUUCCAAUCUCUUCUAUAUCGCCAUUCUUUCCUCCCCAAUACCGAGAGAGGCCGCCAAACAGUCCUCGUCCAGAGCACCCGCGACCCUCUGGGUGAGCGUCCUUCUUGCGCUCGCUACCGUCGGACUCAGUCCAUACACUACGUCCCGUACAUUCCUGCCGAAUCUUCUCGUCAUGCAUGCACUUCUCGUGGUUCCCCUCCUCCCCCCUUUCCUCCUCCCAUAUGUCACCCACCAACAACGCCCUAUACGCGUCCGGACGCUGUAUGGGCUCGUCCUCUUCGUCUCCUUCGCGAUACGGACACACACGAUCCUGGAAGGGGGCAAGGUCGUGGGUAGCGGUUCUCCAUUUGGUCUGUUCUCCGCGGCCUGGGACGUGCUUUAUUCACACCCAGCGCAGUCGUCUAUUGGCUGGGACGUUAUCUGGACGACAGUCUCGUUCAUCGCUUGGACGGCGACGAAGCGGAUCUCCGAUGACCGGGCGCUGUCGGAUGUUCCGUAUCUCAUGCUUACUAGCCCGUUCGUAUCGGUGGCGCUGACGGGGCCAUACAUUCUUCGCGAGGAGACUGGGUCUGCCCUUUUCGAAGCCACCUCAGCCGUCGAGAAGAAUGUUAUGGUGGACGAAGAACGAAAGGAGGAUUGA